UUGAAAAAGGAAUUACUCGAAGAGCAAAAACAAGAGAUCAGGGAAGCUUUCAACUUGUUUGAUAUGAAUAAUGAUGGGUAUUUAGAUUAUCAUGAAUUGAAAGUUGCUAUUAGAGCCUUAGGAUUUGAUUAUUCCAAACAGGAAGUUUUGGACCUCAUACAUGAAUUUGACAGAGAUGAUAGAAAUCAAAUGCAUUAUGAAGAUUUCUUUGCUAUAAUGGGUGAAAAAGUGUUGAAUAGAGAUCCAUUGGAAGAGAUUCGUCGUGCUUUUAGAUUAUUUGAUGAUGAUAAUACAGGGAAAAUAAGUCUACGUAACCUACGGAGAGUUGCCAAAGAGUUGGGUGAAAACUUGACAGAUGAUGAGCUAAGAGCUAUGAUUGAUGAGUUUGAUUUGGAUAAUGAUGGUGAAAUCAAUGAAGAAGAGUUCAUAAGCAUAUGUACUGAUAAUUGA